ACAGAACUGCUGUGUAGCCUUUCGUUACACGGUCCACGUCUGUUGACCUACUACUUCCCUCAGCCAGCAAUAUAUAACGAAGGAUGAUAGGAACUGCAGUCUGUUCACAUUUAGAGAGCCUCAGGUGAAUCCUUGAAAGUUUGUUUAGGAUCGCAGCUAUAAAAAAUCUGUUCUUUCGGAACGUGCGGUGUUACUUUUACGAGGAGAACGUAAAUUGCGUAGAUAGCCAUUUACCACACUGUACGGUAUCUCCUUGCCCGCCUCCAAAAGUGGACGGCAUUACGUUCCAGGUGUAGAAAGGAUAGGCUGCACAUCCUGCAACCUUUGUUCUGCGAAAAGAUCAGCCGCUGGGCUGAAGCGAAUUCACUUCCGCAAAAAUGGCAAGUGAACCCGAUACGACUGAAGUGCGGGAACAGCACCGAUUUCGCCAGGAAGCCUUGGAUGAAUAUCUGUGCCGCUCCCUGCCUGGGUUUCCCGUGGAGCCUCGCGAAGUUCUCACGAUCAGGCAAUACAGUUCUGGACAAUCAAACCCCACCUUUUACUUGAAGAAAGGACUUGAAGCCUAUGUGCUUAGAAAGAAACCUCAUGGCCCUCUCCUACCUCAGGCACACAAGAUUGACAGAGAAUAUUGGAUUCAGAAAGCUUUGUUUGCAGCUGGGUUUCCAGUUCCUGAACCUCUUUUAUACUGCAGUGAUGUUUCAGUGAUCGGAACAGAAUUUUAUAUGAUGCAACAUGUUCAGGGUCGUAUCUUCCGAGAUAUUACAUUACCUGAAGUAAGCCCAGCAGAAAGAUCGGCUUUAUAUAUAGCAAUAAUAGAAACUCUUGCAAAGCUGCACUCCCUCAAAGUUAGUUCAUUAGGUCUCCAGGACUACGGACGAGGAGCAGGUUACUGUAAGAGGCAGGUAUCAACUUGGAUGAGGCAAUAUCAGGCAGCUGCUCAUAUCCAAAUUCCAGCUAUGACCGAAUUAUCCGAAUGGUUAAAGAACAAUUUACCUGAUGAUGCUGAUAAUGAAAUUACUUUGAUUCAUGGUGACUUUAGGAUAGAUAACAUCAUCUUUGAUCCAAGAGAGGCCCGUGUCGCAGCAGUGUUGGAUUGGGAACUUUCAACUUUAGGCCAUCCUCUGGCAGACUUGGCUUAUACUCUUGCUUUUUGCUUUUGGCCCAGAGCCCUCAAACCUAUAAAAAUGCUUAAUUUACAGAAUGUAAACAGCAUUGCAGGAAUUCCUUCCCCUGAAGAACUGAUCAUGAUUUAUUCUCGCUUCAGGGAUACCUGUACUUCUCCACAUAAUCUUAAUUUUUUUCUUGCUCUUUCAUAUUUUAAGUUGGCUUCAAUAAGUCAGGGUAUAUAUGCCAGAUAUCUCCUGGGUAAUUCCUCUGCAGAAAACAGUUUGGAGUUCAGCAGUGUAGUGAGACCUCUGGCUGAAGUUGGAUUACUGGUAGCAAAAAAAAUAACUUUCAGCACUGGCACACCUUCUUACAAUUCUGGAGAAUUAUUCCAGCAGUCCACAGAGGGGAAGAAAAUCCUUCAGAAAGUGAAGGAUUUCAUGAAAAAGCAUGUUUUUCCAGCUGAAAAAGAAAUAGUUGAGUAUUAUGCCAGAAAGAAAAAUUCACCAGAUAUUUGGAAAAAACCUGAUGUCAUGGAAAGACUCAAGAAAAAAGCCAAAGCAGACGGCCUCUGGAAUCUUUUCCUGCCAGCUGUUAGUGGUCUUAGUCAGUUGGACUAUGCAUUAAUAGCAGAAGAGACUGGAAAGUGCUUCUUUGCUCCUGAAGUAAUCAAUUGUCAUGCACCAGACACAGGAAAUAUGGAGGUUCUAUAUUUAUAUGGGACAGAAGAACAGAAGAAACAAUGGUUGGAGCCUCUUCUGGAAGGAAAAAUUAAUUCUUGUUUUUGCAUGACAGAACCUGAUGUUGCAUCAAGUGAUGCCACCAAUAUGAAAUGUAACAUUCAGAGAGAUGGAGACAGCUACAUAAUUAAUGGCAAAAAGUGGUGGAGCAGUGGAGCUGGAAAUCCCAGUUGCAAGUUCGCUAUUGUAAUGGGCAAAGAUAAAAAUACUUCUCCAUCUAGAUAUAAACAGCAUAGUAUGAUUAUUGUACCAAUGGAUACACCUGGAGUGAAAGUUAUAAGGCCUCUUUCAGUCUUUGGGUAUUUUGAUUAUUUUCAUGGUGGACAUUUUGAAAUACAUUUUAAUGAUGUUCGUGUCCCUGCCACCCAUCUGAUACUGGGAGAAGGAAGAGGAUUUGAAAUAGCUCAAGAACGACUUGGACCGGGCCGCAUUCACCACUGUAUGAGAUCAAUUGGAGCAGGUGAAACUGCUCUCCAGAUUCUGUGUAAGCGAUCAGCCCAAAGGGUCACAUUUGGGAAGAAACUCUAUCAUCAUGAAGUUGUUGCUCAUUGGAUUGCUGAGUGCCGCAUUGCUAUUGAACAGGCAAGGCUGCUUACAUUGAAAGCAGCUAAUAAAAUAGAUGCCAUGGGCAAUAAAGCAGCCAGGAAAGAGAUUGCUAUGAUCAAAGUGGUGGCACCCCGCGCAGUCCUUAAAGUGAUAGAUUGUGCUAUUCAAAUUUGUGGUGCUGCUGGAUUCUCAGAAGACUUCCCAUUGGCUCAAAUGUUUGCCUAUAUUCGGACUUUGCGUGUGGCAGAUGGGCCUGAUGAAGUUCAUCUCUCAGCAAUUGCAAAAUUAGAACUGCUUGACCAAGCCGGGCAACUGAAUGCACACCUGUAACAACUAUUUUAUUUUGUGAUGGCAAUUCAUAUAAUGCUCCUCCACAUAGCAUUUUUCUUAAAAUUAAGUAUGUCUUAAUAACCUAAAGAGGAACAUUGGUUAAAUUUCAAAACCUUGGUUAAAUUUCAGUAAUUUGUCUUUAUUUCUGCAGAAAAGAUAAGUCAUUUAAUUGCAAAAUUGGAAUAAGAGCACUAGAGUUGUUGCCAACCACAAGGGACCUGCUGUUUGCUGUUGGGAAUGAUGAAAAUGAAAGUUUUGCUAUAUUAUUCAUAUACUUCUACUAUAUUACAUUAUUAAGAUUUCCAUUCAUUUCAUCUCUAGUGAAAUUUUCUCUUCCUUUUUUUGGAAGCUGUGGUAAAUAUAAAUACAGCCUUUGAAAAUGGUCAUCAAACAAAUAAAUGAACAUAUUCAACAUUUUUGUAAUCUGCUUUGAACAAUAAAAAUAUUUUAAUUACUGA